GGUCGUCCGGAAAACCAGUUCGCGUUGGCACGCAUUUCUGCCGAGUACGGUGGGUCUAUCCAUCCUGUUAGCAGACUUGAGAUGAUUCAGAACGCGAGAAAGAAGUCUCCUCCCUCCUACCAUCCCUGCCCUGUCGAAGAACGGCUGACGCCCGCAGAAAGCACCAAUAGGAAGCUGGUUUUGGCAAACAAAACCAAGCUGCUGAGGUACUCGUGUACAGUGAACGACAUCACGGUCUUCGGCGCCGUCAGCCGGAGCGCCAAAUUGGCCAAACUGACUGCUGCUGAGGCCGCUCUGGAACAUCUAGGCCUCCUCGUGCGAGCUCCACCGAAGCGGAUGCCGCGGCCUAUUUUAAAACUGGCUGUUGUGAACAGUCGGAAAGGCGAGUAAAAUCUCACUGCUCCUGACGAGGGAAAGUCGCCUCGUGCCGAUACGGUAAAUUUAUAA